UUUUCACAUGUAAUGUUAAUGGUAGUUUUAUACCAGAAGGCCGAGCUGGCCAAGAAGCAAUAUUGAUAGGAACUCAAUUAUAUUUUAUGGGGGGAUCUCGUUUAAUUCCACCCUCGAAUCCUAUCAAGAGCAAUAUAAGAGGAUAUAAUCUAUCAGAUGAAGUCUUUUUCUUGGAUCUUUCAAGCACAUUCUCUACAAAUAAUCCACCAUAUGUGGAUCUUUCUGAUGCUGGUGCACGAAUGAAAUUUGGAAAUGAAAAAGGAACGGUAGUACUCGGUGGACCAAGCAAGGAGGAUGCAUAUCUCAUUGGAGGUACACAGCAAGACCUUGCACUUCUUAAUAAGGAUGAUCAGAAUAUAACGAUAACCUCGAAUCAAACGUUAAUGAUAGAAGAAAUAUUUAAAACUUACAACGCAACGGAUCAAAUGAUUUUUAUUUAUAGACAUGCGGCACGAACUUGGAGACAGCUUGGACAAGGAGUUAUAGGAACUCAACCUUCUAGGCGCAGAUCAACUUCAACAGUUGUUGAUCAGAAUGGAAAGAUUUAUAUAUUCGGAGGAAGAAUUGAAUUUGAUAUGUUUUCGCAUCCGCUUAUUUUAUACAAUGAUUUAUAUACUUUUGACACAACAUUGCUAGCAUGGAACAAAAUAGAUGCAACUAAUGCACCUUCGGUUCGAAGUCAUGCUACUCCAAUAUUACUCCCAAGUGGCAAGAUUCUUUAUAUUGGAGGUGUUACCCAGCCCGCACCUGGAAUUACAACAACUUUAUUAGAAAUGACCCAAAAUGCAAGCUCGUCUUUUCAAGUCCAACCCAGGGUUGGUCAUACAGCAACAUUAACACCUGAUAAUAAAACAAUUGUUAUAGUGGGCGGAACAUCAAGCAAUAUUACAAAUAAUGAUGUACCAUCAUAUGAAACUAAUCCAAAUAUAUACUUAUUGGACGUCAAUUGUUUUGCAUGGGUAAACAUCUUUUCACCUAAUAAUUCAAGUUGUCCCAUACCACUGUUACUGACUUCAUCAUCAGGAUCAGGAACAAACGUUGGAUUGAUUAUUGGUUUA